UUAACGCAGUGCUGUUGUGGCUCUAAUUGCCCAGGGAUCUACCACGCAGCUCCAUUGGUCGGCUUUCAUCAUGUGGUGCACAGCCAUGUUGUGAUUGGUUGACUUGUUGAUCUGAUCUUUAACCCUUACUUCCGGCGUCGAGCCCACUCCACUGGAAACUUCUGAUCGCGACCAGGCGAGAUUCUCUCUGAUUUGACCUCCGACCCGUGACCUGUGACCCCAUCAUGCAGAACCUGCUCCUCCUAUUGGUCGUCCUGACCACGCUGACCUUUGCCAUCCCCAAGCCCACCGACGGGAAGAAGGACCGUGUGGUGGACAAGCCCCUGAGCGAGCAGGAUCACUACGGCGACAACCACAACUCCGACUACGACCAUGAGGCGUUCCUUGGGGAGGACGCACACACAUUCGACCAACUUGACCCAGAGGAGAGCAAGAAGAGACUGGGGGACAUGGUAGACAAGAUCGAUAAGGACCAGGACGGCUUUGUGACCCAGCAGGAGCUGAAGGAGUGGAUCCAGUACACCCAGAAGAAGUACAUCCUGGAGGAUGUGGAGAGGCAGUGGUCCAGCCACGACCUCAACAGGGACGACAAGAUCCACUGGGACGAGUACAAGAACACCACCUACGGGUUCAUGUCACAAGAGGAGCUGGAAGAUGAUGAGGAUGAUGGCUACAACAUCAAGGACAUGGUGAAGAGGGACCUGCGGCGCUGGGAGACGGCAGACAGCGACGAUGACAAACACCUGACGAAGGAGGAGUUCCAGUCCUUCCUGCAUCCGGAGGAUGUGGAGCACAUGAAGGACAUCGUGGUGCAGGAGACUCUGGAGGACAUAGACAAGGAUGGGGACGGGACCAUCUCCCUGGAGGAGUACAUCGGUGACAUGUGGACUGGUGAUGACAAGGAGGAGCCUGAUUGGGUGAAGUCUGAGCGCGAGCAGUUCGGCACCUUCCGCGACAAGAACGGCGACGGCAAAAUGGACAAGGACGAAGUGCGAGACUGGAUCAUUCCUCCCGACUACGACCACGCAGAUGCUGAGUCCAAACACCUCAUCUUCGAGUCUGAUGUGGACAAGGUGCAGAAGCUGACGAAACAGGAGAUAGUGGAUAAGUACGACUUGUUCGUGGGGAGUCAGGCUACAGACUUUGGGGAGGCGCUCGUUAGACAUGACGAGUUUUAAUUAGAAGUCUUAAAACAUUUGCCACAUGCCUGCCCUUUCUGGGGUAUGAUGUAUUUUAGGCCAGUGUCAGGUGGUGAAUGUGUUAAUAUUAAAGUACUGGCCCAGACAAGACAAAGUUUAAUCUAUAAAUGGUUCAACUGAAAAAAAAUGCACACCCCUCACUUGAAUUUUAAUGCAAUGGCCCAAGUCGGACUAUACCAUUGUACAUGGUGCUUGAGGGGUGCCCUGUAUGAUCUUAUUUGCUUUCAUUAAACACAACUGACCUGGCAAGGAAUUUUAGAAGGAUGCUAAUAGGAUGUACAUUUAUGCUGCACUUUUCCUUCACGGAAAAAAAAAAGAAA